AUGGACAGCCAUCGCGCCACCAUGGCGGUAGUAGUGGUGGUCAACGCCUCCGUUCUCACCGUCUCUGUUGAGCACGCGGUGCAGGUGGUGAGCGUCGUAUUCUCUGCGCAGUUCAAGGACAAGGUAUGCCGCUGUGUCGUGGUAGAUCCACCGAAAGCGCUUGCAGAGAAGCUCUCGCAAUCGCCUCUGUACGUGUGCGUCUCCCAGUGGAUACCAGUGAGUCAGACAGUGAGAAAAUUAGUGAUGUGCGUGGCGCAGGCAGUGCUUGAUGCCCAAGGCGCUGUACUGCGGCUUUACAGUCAGCCCAGCAAGGUGGACAACACGGCUGUGCGGACACCUAUUGACAAUGCCACCACAUUCACGACGGCACGCAACGCCAGUACUUUGAUAGCCUCUCGCUUCAAGAAGAAAGCGGCGGACAUACUCCUGCAGUUUGGCGCUGUUUCGGCCGCAGUGGCCGUGUACGGGGAAACACAAUUCAACUCGAAUGUGGACUCUCUCUGGUGCUCAGCCACGUUAGAGGGCAUCGCCGCCGCUCGGUAUCGCUACCUACAGACGACGCUACUGUGCCAUCACGACGCGCUUAACGCCACCGUCGUGCAGCUUCAGAGCAACAGUCCCACCUGGGGGCCAGGCCUCACCGCCUCCGUGAACCAACUCGGGUCUUGCGUGGCGCAGUACGGCGAGAGUCUCAAACAGACAAUUGCGAGCUUUAAAAGCACCUCAGUUCCGAAUUCAAUGCGGACGCGACUGACGCGCGAAGUGCAGGAGAACGUAUCGGCGCAGGUGGCGCUGCUGAAGGGCCUGCUGGGGCGAGUGCACGUGUGCCUGAUGGCAGGCACGUGGGAGGUACCGUCUGAUCCGCAGUCGUACCGCUUGGGCAGCGAUGUGAAGCACUGCGUCGAGAAUGUGCUGCGUCUGGCUUUCAGUGAAAUCGACGUGUACUUGACCGAGUCACUACGGCAGCUAAGAAGGUGCGCACCAGCAGGCACACUGCUGUCUUCCCCCGGACCUGUGGGGUCAACCAUAUCGCUGCUGGGCAGCGGAGGCACGAAUCCCACAAUGCUAAACUUGACCCUUUCGAUGCUGCGAAAACGAGAGCUGGAGACACGCUUCAAGCGACUCGAGUUGCUCGCUGCGCGGGAAACUCGGCAACCUUUUCUCAAAGAGCUGAGCACUCUCCGCAGCCUCUUCUCUGACGGCUACGGGGCUGAGUGGACGGAGCGCAUCCUGCUGUUCUUUGCGUACUUGUGCAUGAUCAACGGCGCUGAGCGUCGCGCACGAGCGCUCCUGGUCGAAUUCGCCGCCAUCAAGGCACGUCUGCGACGCACAGAAGAAGCUGUUGAGGUGCUCCUGCGCGUGUGCACACUGGCUGGAGUUGGACUUCCGCUUGUUGGGCUUCAAACCUCAAACAGCGCUGCAGGUGACGACGGGGCCCCAGUAGAUGCUUUCAAAUCAGUGGACCCACUGUAUCAGCUGAGCCGCGCAGCGACAACGACGCAAGCUGGGCAUCAAGGAGAGGACGGCGAUGCUGCCGAGGCAGCGGUGAAAGCGAACUCCUUGGCGAAUGCGUCUAUUCACAUGUUCAGCACUGUGGAGGAGCAGGCGCCAGAUCGCGGUGUUGCACGACUGAAUCAGUCGAUCAACAACGCCGCACUCCUGAGCGUGCCACUGCUGUUGGAGCUUAUCAAGCUCUUCGAGCGCAUGGGCCCUGCAACGGCCACGGCGAUGCUGCGCUGUCAGCUAGCGACGCUGCUCCUCUUCAAGUUUCCUCACCUCCUCGACAAUGCAACUCAGCGGACGCUCAAAUCGGUCAUGUGUGAUGCGUCCGCGCUGCUCGAGCCACACAUGAACACGGCAAUUGUGCCGUUCCCUUUCUUUCUCGCGUGGGAAGCUUUUCCGCUGCCGCCACAUCUCGCUCCCAAGAUGGUACCCGUGGGUGGUGCUUUCUUCACUUUCAUUGACACACAGCGGCUGAAGCUCACCAUCCUGUCCCUCAAUGGCAGAAGACUGGGUAGUCGGACCGUGUGGACGGUUGGCGACGUCGCGUCAGUGCUCGUGACGUUGUACAACCCUUUUCAGGAACCCCUCGUGUUUGAGGCACUGGCCUUGCGUUGCCAUUCCUGUGCUUCCCUAGUCACGGUCGACGACGAUGCUGCCUCUCGAGAAGGUACGGUGUUGGAGUCUUCGCCACGCUCGCUGCGAUCGCCCAUCUCGUAUGUCUUGUCCAAUGUGGAGGUGGCUCCGCUGGCGAAGCUGAAGGUACUGCUGCAGGUGCAACCAACCGAGGAGGGUACUCUGCGCAUCGACGGCGUAACGCUGCGGUUGGCAGACACACGCCCGUCGCAGUCAAUGACCGGGCAGCUUCCGGCCCCCAUGCAUAUCCCAGUACUGCAGCGGUUGCCGCAGGUGUCCUGUACCCUCAACACGAGCGAACUAGAGGUGUUUGGGAGCCAACGCAUCGACUUCACGGUGCGAGUCGUCAACUGCGGUCGCGUUCCCAUCACCUGCAUCUCACUCACCGCGCACAGCGAGCAGUGCCAGCUGGAGGACUGCGAGGGCUGUAAGGAGCGUCGUAACCAGACCGACACAACAGUGACGCUGAACAAAUGCGCUCUCGACGCGGCGGCUCGCACACCGCUGCAGCCGGGUGACGUCGUCAUGAUUCCAGGGACUCUGGAGGCGCCACCGACAAUAAGCAAAUUCGGCGCAUACUACGUUAUCUUCCGCACAGAUCUUUCACUGCCCCAUCCUGCGCCGAAAAAGCCGCCCAACCUGCCAGACGCUGUGCCUUUGUACGCCGUUAUCCCGCGGCGCGUGACGGAGACGCGGCUGCGCUUCUUUCACUCCCCCGGCCUCGUCGUCACCUCUGUGACACUCACGAAGGACCGCCGUGCGGUGGAGGUGCGCAUCGCAAAUCGGAGUCGCCUUUACAGCAUGGAGCUGCAGCUGAGCGCUCUCGCUUUUGCGGAGCUCCCGGUUGCCUUCAUCGUCGCCGGGGCCGAGUACGUGGUUCCGCCGAUAAAGCUGACGCGCAUUCCUCUGACGAAGGGGAAGGACGACCUGUGCUUCCUGGUGCCAUGGGUGGUGCGCGAACUGCCUAACUGUACUGGCAUGCUGGAGCUGAACUUGUCGCUUGUUACCUCCGAAGUGGUGAGCGCGGAGCCCCUGGACGAGUGUGUAGUGACGCUUGAGGCCAGCGUGCCGCAGACGGCGCUGCUAUCGCAGCUCUCUGACACGUGGUCGUCGGCGUCUCUACCGGACGAAGACGGAGACGACGUCGUCGCUGAAGGCUCGCGCAGGGAGACGCUGAGCGUCAGUGAGGUACUCAUCUACCGCUGGAGGUAUGACGGGGACUCUUCCUACGGCGCUGCUAAAACGAACCCUAGUGUCUUGCGUGGCAGAGCCGUCGGACAUAGCGCUCAACUUUACGGCGUCAACGGCACCGUCACGACGACAGCUACGUACGACGGUACUCCGCAAUCGCCAGCGACGGCAGACCAGCACUUGUCGCACCCUAGAGCAGCGCAGGCGUCAGAGCGGCGGGUGGAUUCGCCAGCCUCCAACUCCGCUUUUUUGUGGCGACGCACCGAGUCGGUCGAUUUGGCGGCAAAAGUGGGCACUGGUGCAUCGCAGAGUUUGAAUCCACUUAGACCUGCACUACCGCUGGUUGGGGGCUGUGAGGCUGGCCCCGUCAGCACCGGCGGCGACGGCGGCCCACUGCCGAUCGUCAUCCCUGCCCUGAGGCCGAUUGGCUUGUGUCUGCGCGUUGAAGCGCCACGGUGGCGCCGCGCCAUCCGCCUUCACGUGCACGUCUCCAUUGACUCGCAUUUUGACGUGGCGGUGUUAACGGGUGCCGUACAGGCCGAUGCGAUGGUGGGCGAAGAGGGUCGAGCGGUGUACGAGGGUGAGUUUGAGCUCUUAGCCUUUAAGACCGGCAACCAUCUGCUGCACGUCACUCUUAAAGACGACGCCGAGCGAGAGUUGACACAUACGAUUCACUUGAUCGUGGAGCACUCCCGCAUAGGCUGA